AUGGCUAUUCGUGGUUUUGUGUUGAAAAUUCAGAGAAGCGUGAAUGAAAUGAAAAAUUUCCAACCAGAAGAAAUUUCAGUUAAAGUGAAGGAUCGUGAAAUUCUCAUUGAAGGCAAACAUGAAGAACGCGAAGAUGAAUUUGGAAUCGUUUCAAGACAGUUCAAUCGACGAUACAUCCUUCCAGAAGAAUUCGAUCUUGACACAGUCUCAACAUUAUUAAAUACCGAAGGAAAAAUGACAAUCAAAGCUGUGAAACUUCAACCUGCUGUCGAUAACAAUGAGAGAAUUAUUCCAAUUCAAAGAGUCGAAAGUGCUGCAUCUGAAUCAUCAAAAGAACAAGAUAAACCUCCGAAAAUGCAAGAUGAUCAACAAUCAGAAGAAAAGAUAAAUGAAGAAGUGAAAAGCAGCUUAGAAAAUAAACAAAGUACAGAAAACUAA